AUGUUCUUCGAACUCGCGACCGGAGAAUUCCUCUUUGACCCCAAAAAACAGAAGGGGGAUGACUGGGACCGAGAUGAAGAUCACUUGGCACUCGUCGCAGAAUUGCUGGACGGUCUGCCUGACAAGGACUUCUGCUUGUCUGGAAAGUAUUCCAAGGAUUUCUUCAACAACUCGGGCAAGCUGAAACACAUCAAGAACUUCAAGAUGUGGCCCUUGUUUGGCGUUCUCAAUGAAAAAUAUCUCUUCUCCGAAGAAGACGCCAAAGAGAUGUGCGACUUCUUGCUGCCCAUGUUGGCCUGGAAGCCAGCCGAGCGGCAAGCGGCCAGUGAGGCGUUGAAGCACUCCUGGGUGCAGGCUACCGAGGCAGAGCUGGAUGAGUACGUCAAGGCCGAGCCGCCGGAGCUGCCGGAGGCCACGGCGCCCACGGAGGCCACGGAGGCGCCGAGCACGGCGGAGAGUCCCGAGUCGCCGGAGCAGGUCUGA